AUGGAAAUGAAGAGUCUCCUGGUCCUGCUGUGGCUGUGUGUGGCAGUUGGUUCAUCCUACCCGCUGCACAGUAGCGCCGACUCUGGCAUGGAGUUUCUUCAGAAAUACUUAGAAAAAUACUACGGCCUUGCAGAAGAUGCGAAGCAGUUUGUUAAGAAAAAGGACAGUAGUCCUGUUGUCAAAAAAAUUCAAGAAAUGCAGAAGUUCCUCGGGCUGGAGAUGACAGGGAAGCUGGACUCCAACACUAUGGAUGUGAUGCUCAAGCCCAGAUGUGGCGUCCCCGACGUUGGUGGCUUCAGUACCUUUCCAGGUUCGCCAAAGUGGAGGAAAACCCACCUCACCUACAGGGUUGUAAAUUAUACACCAGAUUUACCGAGAGAGAGUGUGGAUUCUGCCAUUGAGAAAGCGCUGAAAGUCUGGGAGGCGGUGACCCCGCUCACGUUCUCCAGGCUCUCUGAAGGAGAGGCGGACAUCAUGAUCUCCUUCGCAGCUGGAGAACAUGGAGACUUCGUUCCUUUUGACGGGCCUGGAGCAGUCUUGGCUCAUGCGUAUGCCCCUGGGCUGGGGAUUAACGGGGACGCUCACUUUGAUGAUGAUGAACAAUGGACAGAAGACACCACAGGUACCAACUUAUUCCUGGUUGCUGCUCAUGAACUUGGCCACUCCCUGGGUCUCUUUCACUCAGACAAAACUGAAGCAUUGAUGUACCCAGUCUACAAGUCCUCCACAGACCUGGCCCGCUUUCGCCUCUCUCAAGAUGAUGUGGAUGGCAUUCAGUCCCUCUACGGACCUCCCCCAGCAUCCCCUGAUGUCCCUGUGGUACCCACCAAACCUAAUUCUCCAGAACCUGAGUUAUCACUGAUGUGCAGCCCUGAUUUGUCCUUUGAUGCAGUCAGCACCCUUCGGGGGGAAUUCUUGUUUUUUAAAGACAGGCAUUUUUGGCGAAAAUCUUUGAGGACUCCUGAGCCUGGCUUUUAUUUGAUCUCUUCGUUUUGGCCGUCCCUUCCUUCCAGCAUAGAUGCUGCCUACGAGGUUGCUAACAGAGACACUGUCUUCGUUUUUAAAGGAACUCAGUUCUGGGCAGUCCGAGGGCACGAGGAGCAAGCCGGUUACCCUAAAAGCAUCCAUGCUCUCGGCUUCCCUCCCGCGGUCAGGAAGAUUGACGCCGCUGUGAGUGCUAAGGAGACGAAGAAGACCUACUUCUUUGUGGACGACCAAUACUGGAGAUUUGAUGAGAAGAAACGAUCCAUGGAGCCUGGAUUUCCCAGGAAGAUAGCCAAGGACUUCCCAGGUGUUGACUCAAAGGUGGAUGCUGUCUUUGAAGCAUUUGGAUUUUUCUAUUUCUUCAGUGGAUCUUCACAGUUGGAGUUUGACCCAAAUGCAAAGAAAGUGACCCAUGUGUUGAAGAGUAACAGCUGGUUCAAUUGUUAG